UACUUUCGCACUUAGUUCGGCGACAGGAAACACCGACUUUACAUACAAAUAGGAUUAUGAUGAAGCGACAUGUUUGAGUCUAGAAACACGUUCAUUCUUUUCCUAAGUUCCAAACAAUUACAUACUAAAAGAUAAUAAACAUCAAAGACCAAAAAAAAAAAAGGAUGAAUGAUUUGGUUCCUUUGUUUUUGGUUUAGUUUUCAAUUUGGGUAGGUAACGACCAUGCUAAGGACAACAACAACAUCAAUAUCAAUAGCUUCAGAACAAUAUUCUACCGGGUGGAUAAAGAUUCCUCCUUCAUGUGUGCCACCACAUCGGAAUCACUCUAAUUCCAGCAUAACCUUUAGUACCUAUUAUCACCAUUAUAAGUCCCUAGUGGUGAAGUGUUCCAACAUGACGGUGACACCUAAGAUUUCGGUUAACGAUGGGAAUUUGAUGGUUCAUGGGAAGACAAUACUGAGUGGAGUUCCAGAUAACAUUGUGGUAACUCAAGGAAGUGGAAAGGGCAUUGUGACUGGUGCUUUUCUUGGUGCAACUGCUUCAAACAUCAAAAGUCUCCAUGUCUUUCCCAUCGGUGUUUUACAGGAUCUCCGAUUCUUGUGUUGUUUCCGGUUCAAGUUAUGGUGGAUGACUCAUAGAGUGGGAACUUGUGGGAGGGAUAUCCCUUUGGAGACCCAAUUCAUGCUUAUAGAGAUCAAAGAAAGUAAAAAUUCUCCAGUCAUUUACACUGUCUUACUUCCUCUACUGGAAGGUCAAUUCCGUGCGGUCCUACAAGGCAAUGACAAAAAUGAGAUAGAAAUUUGCCUUGAAAGUGGAGAUCCGACUGUUGAGACCAAUCAAGGCCGUCACAUAGUCUACAUGCAUGCUGGGACCGACCCAUUUGAAGUCAUCAACCAAGCUGUUAAGGCUGUUGAAAAACAUAUGCAAACUUUCCUUCAUCGUGAGAAAAAAAGAUUGCCGUCUUUUCUUGACUGGUUUGGCUGGUGCACGUGGGAUGCUUUCUAUACUGAUGUCACAGCUGAGGGUAUUGAGGAUGGCUUGAAAAGCUUAUCAGAGGGAGGCGCAUCUCCACGGUUCCUCAUCAUAGAUGAUGGCUGGCAACAGAUUGAGAGUAAACCAAAAGACACUGACUGUUCUGUACAAGAAGGAGCACAGUUUGCUACUAGGUUGACUGGUAUUAAAGAGAACACUAAAUUUCAAAAAGAUGGAGAGAGCAAUGGUCUGAGGCAUGUUGUGGACCAAACAAAGCAACGUCACAAUGUGAAAUAUGUUUAUGUUUGGCAUGCUCUAGCUGGUUACUGGGGUGGAGUGAAGCCGGCAGCAAUUGGAAUGGAACAUUAUGAUACUUCCUUGGCAUACCCGAUCCAUUCUCCGGGGGUCCUAGGAAACCAACCAGACGUUGUCAUGGACAGCUUGGCUGUCCAUGGCUUAGGUCUGGUUCAUCCGAAGAAGGUUUUUGAUUUCUACAACGAGCUCCAUGCUUACUUAGCUUCGUGUGGAGUAGAUGGAGUGAAGGUCGAUGUGCAAAAUAUCAUCGAGACUCUAGGUUCAGGACAUGGUGGAAGAGUCUCAAUCACACGUAGCUAUCAUCAAGCACUUGAGACCUCUAUUGCUCGAAAUUUUCGCGACAAUGGAUGUAUUGCCUGCAUGUGUCACAAUACUGAUGGCCUUUAUAGUGCCAAGCAGACUGCUGUUGUGAGAGCCUCUGAUGACUUUUACCCACAUGAUCCUGCUUCUCACACUAUUCAUGUUUCGUCAGUUGCAUAUAACUCAAUUUUCCUUGGAGAAUUCAUGCAACCUGACUGGGACAUGUUUCAUAGUUUACAUCCAGCAGCCGAGUAUCAUGCUGCAGCUCGUGCAAUCAGUGGAGGUCCUAUUUAUGUCAGUGAUAAACCAGGAAUGCACAAUUUCGAUCUUCUAAAGAAAUUGGUUCUUCCUGAUGGCUCGGUUCUCCGUGCUCAGUUACCAGCCCGGCCCACUCUUGACUCUCUAUUUGUUGAUCCAGCAAGAGAUGGAACUAGCUUGCUUAAGAUAUGGAAUUUGAACAAAUGUUGUGGAGUAGUUGGUGUAUUUAACUGCCAAGGUGCUGGGUGGUGCAAGAUAGAGAAGAAAAACCGUAUUCAUUGUGAAACCCCUGGGACACUUAGUGGCUCUAUUUGUACCUCUGAUGUUGACCUCAUUGCUCAAGUUGCUGGUGCUGAUUGGAACGGGGAUGCUAUUGUCUAUGCUUACAGAUCAGGUGACAUAAUUCGGCUACCAAAAGGUGCUUCAUUGCCAGUGACUCUUAAAGUUUUAGAGUAUGAGCUUCUUCAUUUCUAUCCACUCAAGGAAAUCGCGCAAGGUAUUUCAUUUGCACCAAUAGGGCUAUUGGACAUGUUCAACACCGGAGGAGCUGUAGAACAUUUUGAAAUCCAUAAAGGAGCGACAGCAUCUGCCAGCCUGAGAGUUAGGGGAAGUGGAAGAUUUGGGGUUUACUCCUCUCAGAAGCCAGUGAAGUGUGUGGUGGGCGACAAUGAAACUGACUUCAACUACGAGUCGGAGACUGGGUUGUUAACUUUCUACAUGCCAGUUUCAGUUGAGGACAUGUACAAAUGGCCAAUAGAGAUACAAUUUUGAGUUGUUGAAUACCAUUCUUGGAAGUUACAUUAUGUGAAUUGUUGGGAUAUAAGUGUUUUUUGUUGUCAUAAGUUGACAUCUAAAGAUAGGGAGGGAACCUUAUGAAGGUUUAAGAAGUAAGUUCUUUUACCAAGGGAUGUAAAUGAUGCUUGUUUCUUUUGAACAAUAAAAUCAUCUUUUGCAGGUUGGUUUUAA